AUGCAAAUGCGAAAGCGAAUGAAGGAGGCCCAGGAGGAGGACCUGAGCUUCCUGCACUCGACGACGCCGCUGACGCCACCGCUCGCCCCCUCCGAAGAGAGGAGGGUGGUGAAGACCCUGCUGGACGAUCAGGAGGCGGUCAAGAUGACCGUCGGGGCCACCUACUACGUUGUCAACUUCAAGUGGUGGCAGCUGUGGCAGCACUACGUGGGCUGGAACGAAGGCAACAGUGACGACGACGGCGGCACUGAGGGACACCACCAUGGUACCGAGGCUGCCAGCCAUCACGCGGCCCGACAGAGGCCCGGACCCAUCGACAACACCGAACUCUUGGAGGACGGCAGCGCCACCGUCAAGGGGCCAGGCGAGGAGUCGGACAGCGGAGAGGACAGCGAGGAGGAAGAGGAGCGGAAGAGCAACGGGGGUGCGGCCGGCGCGAAGAAGGCGAGCAAGCAGCCGCAGGAGGAGUCUCUGCGCAGAGGGCUGGUCAAAGACGUGGACUACACGCUCUUCCCCUCCUCUGUCUUCAGGCACAUCUACUCAUGGUAUGGGUGUUCGCCGGUUGUUGGACGCAAGGUGAUCACUGUGGGCAUAUUCCAGAAGCUGCAGGUCGAGCUGCAUCCCAUAGUCCUGCUGUGCUGCAACAAGGCAGCGACCACGCACGCACAGUCGGACUCGCCCUCGUAUAAGAUGGAGGAGCACCGGUUCAGUCUCACGGCCGCGCUGAAGGACGUGCGCCGAUACGUGGCCGGCCAGUACAUGAUCCCACCGCACAAGAGCAAGCUCUACCUGGCGGUGGACAACAGCAUGCAGAACCUGCGGUUGCUCGAAGAGUCAGCCCUCGGCCAGACCCUGGAGGACUUGGGCAUCGCAAGCGGGCAGAUCCUCGUGCUGCAGAGCCACGGCAUCGAUAUCGGCGAUCGCUCCUACACUUCGUAUUCCUCCGGCAGCAGCCGGCCGAGCAGCUGGAACUACUCGCCGGUGGGCAAUGCCGUGGGCAAACCGCUGGCGCGUGGCGCAACGGGGCUGCACAAUUUGGGCAACACGUGCUUCAUGAACUCUGCCCUUCAGUGCCUGUCCAACACCACCCCGCUGCUCCGGUUCUUCCUGAACAACGCACACCUUGCGGAGAUCAACCCGACCAACCCGCUGGGGAUGAAGGGCGAGCUGGCAAAGAAGUUCGGAGAGCUGCUCGUGAACCUAUGGAGCGGCAAGUACACCACGGUGGUGCCCAGGGAAUUCAAGAGCGUGCUCUCCAAGUUUGCGCCCCAGUUUGCCGGCUAUCAGCAGCACGACUCGCAAGAACUGCUUUCAUUUGUGCUCGAUGGCAUCCACGAAGAUUUGAACCGGAUUAUCCAGAAGCCGUACACUGAGAAACUAGAGUUCGAGAACUCGGAUAACAAUGAUGCACAGGCUCAAAUGUCGUGGGACACGCACCUGAUGCGUAACAACUCGGUCGUGGUGGACCACUUCCACGGGCAGCUGAAGUCGACCGUGGUGUGCCAACACUGCGGCCACGUCUCGCUCACAUUUGACCCCUUCGUCUUCCUUUCCCUGCCUGUGCCCUCUAAGAAUCAGCGUAUCAUCAACGUGGUGCUCUUCUGGCGUGACCGCAACCCAGUCAAAUACGGCGUGCGAGUAUCCAAAAUGGGCACCAUCAAAGACCUCAAGGACCGGCUCGCUCGAUUGGUCGACGUUGGACCCGAGCGGUUGGUCAUGGCAGAGAUCUAUACCUUCCGUCCGUUCAAGAUUCCCGACGCCAAGCCCCUCUUCGACAUCCGCUCCUCUGAUCUCAUCUUUGCGUACGAGGUGAUUCCGCCGGGAGCCGAAGUGAUGGUCCCGGAGAGGGAGACCAAGGCCGCGGCCGUGUCACCAACGGCCAAGGCCACCGAGCCCAUGGACGUCGUUACCGAGGCACAGCCGCAGCAGGAGUCGGCCCCAGCGCCGCAACCAGCCCCAGCGAGCACGCCGUCGGCGCCCACGUUCAAAUUCGUCAACCAGAUCGCACACGUGCCGGUGUUCCAUCGCAGGUUCUACUCGCCCAAGAAGUUCGACCUGUUCGGCCGGCCUCUCAUCCUGUCGUUCGACCGCACCACGACCACCCACAACCAGCUUCACCACAUGAUCUUUGAGCGCGUCGCCAGGUAUGUGGCGCUCGAUCUGCCCAGUCUCAACCUGUCGCUCGUGGACGCCAUGGGCUACGGGCUGGGACACUCCGUUCCGCGCGAUGAUGCGCUGUUUGAGUUCGAUGACGGCAACGUCGGCAUCGCCAUCGACUGGGACAAGGAUGUCCUCAACAACAUUCCUGUCAACAAGAAGGAAUUCGAGGAACACGAGUCGUUGAAGAAGACCGAGGCGGACGAGGAGCUGUGCGUCUCGCUGGACGACUGCCUGCGGAUGUUCACCGCCGAUGAGCUGCUGGAGGACGGCAGCCCUUGGUAUUGCUCCGUGUGCAAGGCCACGGGGGGGUCGGCACAGAAGCGAAUAGACGUGUGGAAGUGUCCGCCGGUGCUCAUCGUCCACCUCAAGCGAUUCCAGUACACCCACGUGUUCCGGGACAAGGUAGGCACGAAGGUCGACUUUCCGGUGACGGGACUCGACCUGUCACCCUACGUCAACCAACUCGACCCAGCAAAGCCGCCCAUCUACGACCUCUAUGCCGUCUCCAAUCACAUCGGCUCGCUUGGGUCGGGGCACUACACGGCGUUCACCAAGAACCCGAAGACCAAGACGUGGUUCAAGAUGAGCGACAGCACCGUCGUGAAAGUGGAGAAAGAGGAGAACGUCAUCACCGAGUCCGCAGCGUUCCACGAGCAACAGGGGCUGGACGACAUUGAGAUGUGGAUCGGGGAGGAGGCCAAAGCGGAGGCGAACGACGGCCGAAGCAGCGGCAGCGCCGCGGCGGUCGAUGACGGCGCCAGCACCAGUGACAUCAGCAAUGCCGCCCCCGCCACUGCCACCGCCGACCGGAUGGAGGUGGUGGCACCGCUCAGGCCCAAGGCCAAGGAGGCCGAGAACGCGCAGCUCGGCUCGGCCGGGGCGUGGGACGACGGCUCCGGCGAACGUGACAGCCCGCGCGGCGCGCCAGCGCGCGGAAGGACCAACAGCGACGGCAACAUCGGCGAGGGCCUGCAGAUGGACGUGUUUCGGAUGUGGAACGACGGCAUCGACAGCGAGCGACGCGCCGAGGGCGACACCGGCACUUUGAGCGCCACCGGUGGGUGUGGCAUGCGCGACGCGCACCACGCGUGGGGCGACUUCAUGGGCACGCACAGGGACGAGCGGGUGAUGGACCUCGUGAUGAACCACCAGCGUACCAACACGACCGCGGACCAGGGCCGAGGCGGCGGCGGCAACAACGGACGUCCGGGCGGUGGCCGAGCGCAGCUGCGGUCGUCCCUCUACGUCUGCCCCAAGUGCGACGAGCGACUGCCCUCGCUCGACGACCUUCAGGUGCAUGUGCUCUGUAAUCACCCGGACUCAGAAGACCUGCUCGCUGUCUUCUGCGGCUGA